UCGGCAGUGGGUGAUUUGAGAGCCACUAGCAAUGCCAGCUCAGUGACCAUUUCGUGGAGUGCUCCAUUCUCUCUGGAUGUGACUGGUGUUGAUCCUGAUAUCCGGUACUCUGUCCUCAUCUACAAUGUGACAGAUGAGAACAACCCAACAGCCAUCCUCUGUACUGACUGUAUGAAUAUCACUGAGACACAUUACACCUUCACUCCUGACUACCUCAGUCCUUGCCAUGUGUACGACUUCUCUGUCAUCCCUCUCAAUGGAGCUGGCCAGGGAGAGAGCAGUCCCUUUAUCUCUGGAUAUGUUUUGAAGUGUGGUUUUGUUAAAGAGCCUUGCAUUGAAGCUGUCUCUAGAAGUGUAAGCAGAGUGACAUUUCACAUAUUGGGAUGUAUUUGCAGCUACAGAAUGACUCCUAAACAAGGAGAUGGUUGCAUCAUUGCUGUGUCUCUAUCUUUACAAGAACUCACCUUUGACCUCUGUUCAGAUGGAGAAUAUUCAUUUGAAGUUUCUACCUCACCCAUUCCUAUCACUACACAUGAUGUCCAGAGUGCCACAGUUUCUAGUGUCAGAGAUGAUGGUGAGAUCAUUGUGACUGCAGAAUUCAUCAAAAGCACGACAGCCAGAGGAUGUUUUGUGGUGCUGCAGUCUGGGAAUGAGUCCUCUGCUGAUGUGUUCAGAGCCUUGCUAAGACCUGGGCCUAACACCACCCUGACUAGCACCAUCAGUGACGCACCAUCAUCAACAUACAGAGCCCUUUUCUAUGACCUGGAGCAAGAUGGGAUCCCUAAUAGGAGCCCAGCACUAUAUGAACCAAACAAUGUCAUUACUGCUAAUAGGAACGAGGCAGUCUCUAAAGUAGUAUCUAAUGUUUUGAAUAAUGUGAGUUUGGUCAUCAAUGACCCGGUGGUUCAGAUAAGGUGUGAGUUCAAAGAAGGUAUAGAGGGAGCCUCAUGUGUCCUGGUCUAUCGAGAGUAUGGUAACAAGACACUAGUGGUGGAGGAAUAUCCUCAGAACACUGUCUUCCCUGUGACUCUGACUGUUGAUGGAGAUCAAUACACAUUCGCAGUCUUUGGAAAGAGCAGUUUUGAUUUAGAGGAAAGACCAAUUGUAACAAGAAAUGUACAAAUAACUAUGACAACCACAACACCACAGACUGAAGUAACCACUUCAGAUGAGGAAAGGAUAAUGGAUACGCAAGUUGUUGCCAUAUCCAUAGGUACGGCACUAGCAGGUGUUACGAUAUGUCUCACAGCAGUGUUGGUGCUACUGGUGGUAUUCAGACAGUGCCAUGCCCACAAGAAGAAGCGAUCUGCAGCACCAGUGGCAGUGUAUGAUGAGGUAGUUCUUCCCCUGACCACCACCUCCUCCAUUCCAACUGAGCCGUCUCAAACUACUACCAUCCCCACUACUGGCAAUGUGGCCUAUGAGACCACAACUCCCAUCAACACUGCUCAUAAUGUGGCUUAUGAAACUCAUAAAAUUCAGUCCACCUGAUGUUGUCUAUUUUUAUAGUGUUCUUGUAUACCACCACCAGUAUAAUUAGCUAUUGAGUCAUGACAGUGAUCUUGGCACCAGAUGAGCCUGACUCUGUUGGUAUGUUCUGUUGUAAGAAAAUGGACUUGUAAUAUUAAUUUU